AUGUUGCCCUACAUCGAUCUCCCUUUCGUAUACGUCUCCACCCUCCUGGGCUCUUCUUUAGAUGAGAUCAAAAUCAUCGCCUCCUUCUUACUCUCAUACCCUCUGGCCGCCAUUCUGAAGAGGCUACCCGACGACAAACCCUGGCUCAAGAAUGUCUUCAACAUCUCCAUCGGCUUGUUCUUCGUAGUCGGCCUGUUUGACCUGUGGUGGGGUCUGGCGACCAUCAUCCUCGACGCCAUCAUCACCUACCUGAUCGCCGGCUAUGUCCAAGGACCGUACAUGCCAUGGAUCGGCUUCGUCUGGCUUAUGGGCCACAUGUCCGUCAGCCACAUCUACCGCCACAUGCUCAACGACCCCGCCGUCAUCGACAUCACCGGCGCGCAAAUGGUGCUCGUCAUGAAGCUGUCCGCCUUCUGCUGGAACGUCUGGGACGGGAGACAGAAGCAGUCCGAGCUGAACGAUACGCAGAAGGAUCGCAUGCUUGUGAAGCUUCCAAACCCCCUUGACUUUGCCGGGUUUGUCUUUUUCUUCCCCGCUCUGCAUGCCGGGCCUGCUUUCGACUACAUCGACUACCACCGCUGGCUGAAUACUACCAUGUUUGACCUUCCCCCCGGCACAGAUCCCAUGAAAGCCCCUCCGACCCGCAAAAAGCGAAGGAUCCCCAGAAGCGGCACGCCAGCCAUGCUGAAGUUGGGCGCAGGGCUCAUCUGGCUCGUCCUGUUCCUGCAGUUGUCGCCGUUCUACAAUCCCAGCGUCAUCCUAGGAGAUCAGUUCACCAAGCACAACAUCCUGUGGAGGAUCUUCCACCUCCACAUGCUCAACUUCGUCACCCGAAUGAAGUACUACGGCGUCUGGAUGAUGGCCGAAGGCGCCUGCAUCCUCUCGGGCAUCGGGUACAAAGGCCUGGAUCCCAAAACCGGCAAACCAGACUGGAGCCGCCUGACCAACAUUCGGCCUUCGGGCGUGGAGUUUGCGCAGAACAGCCAUGCAUAUCUGGGCAACUGGAACAUGAACACCAACCACUGGCUGCGAAACUACAUCUACCUGCGUGUCACGCCAAAGGGCAAGAAGCCCGGUUUCCGCGCCAGCAUGGCCACCUUCGUCACCAGUGCGUUCUGGCACGGCUUCGAACCAGGCUACUACAUGGCCUUUGUCCUCGCCAGCUUCAUCCAAAACGUAGCAAAGAACUCCCGCCGCCUCCUCCGCCCCUUCUUCAUGACGCCCGACGGCAAACGCCCCACGCCAUACAAACGCUACUACGACAUCUUCACCUGGCUCGUGACCCAACUAGCCUUCACCUUCACCACCACACCCUUCAUCCUGCUCUCGCUCCACGACAGUCUACUCGCCUGGUCGCGCGUCUACUUCUACGCCAUCAUCGGCGUCGGCAUCAGCAGCCUCUUCCUCCUCACACCAGGAAAGGCAUUCCUGCAGAAGAAAGUCAAGGCCCGCACGACGGUGCCUGCUCAGCCUUCGCCGGGUAAGCCGGAGGUUCACCGUGCGGACAGCCAGGAGGCGUUGCAGGGUGCGACGCUGGGGGUGCCGCAUGAGCCGGGGCAGGAGUUUGAUGAGAUGGUCGAUGAGAUUACGGAGGAGGUGAAGAAGCGGAAGGGAAGUGCUGUGGGGCCUGAUGGGGCGGCGUUGAGGAAGCUGGUGGCGGAUACGCUGGAUCGGAAUUUGGAGGGGUUAAGAGGGGCGGGUAGUAAGGCGAAGGAGUUGUGA